AUGCAGGGCUUCAAUAUGGGACGAUAUGUCCCACCGGACCAAGAAGGCCUCACCUCUGGGAAUAAGCUUGCCGGCAAACAUCCCCUCGGCGCCCGCGCGCGCCACCUCAGCACAACUGGUGCACUCAUCGUGCGCUUCGAAGUCCCGUUUCCAAUUUGGUGCACAACAUGCAAGCCGCAUGAGACAAUAAUUGGUCAAGGAGUGCGCUUCAACGCCGAGAAGAAGAAAAUCGGUAACUACUACUCCACACCAAUCUACAGCUUUCGCAUGAAGCACAUCCCAUGCGGUGGAUGGAUUGAAAUUCGCACGGAUCCGCAAAACACGGCAUAUGUUGUUCACGAAGGUGCGCGGAAGCGAGAUACCGGCGAGGACAAACCAUUGGAGCCUGGAGAGAUCGCCAUUCGUGCUCCCGGCCUAGGCCAAGAUCCGGCGGAGAAGGAUCCGUUUGCAAAAAUUGAAGGCAAGGCAGAGGAUAAGCGGAAGGCGGAUACGGAGGCGAGUCGGAUUCGGGAAUUGCAGGAGAGGCAGGAUCGAGAUUGGGAUGAUCCAUAUGAGCAGUCAAAAAGGCUGAGGCGCACCUUUCGUGUGGAGAGGAAGGGUUUGGAGAAGUUGGAGACUAAUCGCGAGGCUUUGAAAGAUAAGAUGAGUCUUGGUAUUGAUCUCGUGGAUGAGACUGAAGAGGAUCGACAACGAGCUGGGAUGGUGGACUUUGGUCAAGACCAGUCUGCUGCUGGGAUCGAAGCUGCCCGGGCAAACCGCAGGCGUCCUAUGUUUGAUCAACGAUUUUCAAAGAAUACGGCUGUAUCUGACAAGCGCGAAAAGAAUAAGGGCAGUGCCCGUCGGACCAAGGCUGCUGAGCUUGCUCGACGGAAAACUUCCUUGCGCCAGGAGCUGGCUGGAAAUACGCGUGCUGCCAUUGAUCCAUUCCUGAAAGAUGCCAGUGAUGAUCCAAACUCUUGGAAAUCGGCUCCGAAACGGAAGAAGCCUGCCUCGUUGAUUCCUGCUCACCGAAGUGAGACUGAAACUUGUGACAUGACCGACACUUCAACUAAAGACACUCCAGUUCCCAUACCGGAGAGCCUUCCAGGCAAAUCCAGCAAAGAUUUAUCGACCGGCCUACCGCGAGCACUGGUAGAUUACGGGUCUGAAUCGGACUAG